AUGACAAGUGGUGCAUCCUCAACCACCUUAUCCAGUGUAGCAACAAAUCGCUCGGUGGCAACAGGCUCCAUACUAAGCGGUGUCUCAACUGCCAGCGUGGAAUCAACGCGAACUCUUGCGGUUUCACCAACUUCUUCAACUGAAACUCGCUCAACACGGUCAACUGCGUCUGCACCACAGCUGACUCAGGGCGCGAAGAUUCCUCAUGCACAACCACCUGCAGAUGCUGCUAUAGGGCAGUUCUUCGACAUACCUCCGGAGUUCUAUAAGCACACUUGUAAACUGGAUACGUCUGUUCGACCAUUGGAACGCAUAAAAGAAACGGAUGUGAUCGAAGAUGAACUUCGGAAGAUCGAUGCAGAAAAACCGGAAGAGAAGGCACGACGUGAACGUAACCGAUGGACGUUGAUGAAUGCAGAAGAUAGACGUGUAAAGCCAGCUUUGUGAGU